AUCUGGCAAAUUAAGUCGCUGCUCUUCAAAUGUUCAGCGAACUGCCAGUUGAAUUAUUACAGUAUAUAUUCCUGCUACUCUCCCCAUGCAAUGAUCUCAUAACAGUUCUCCAUGUAUGUAAACGAUGGAGAGAUGUUGCUCAAAGUGUAUUGAAAAUUCGCGAAAGUCUCAGCCUUUAGCGUUUCGAAUGCGAAGUCCUUUGCAGUGGAUGUCUCCACAUUUAAAUGCCUGUACUGCAAAGUCCAAGUGCACAGCUCCUUCCAAGAGGUUUGGGGCGACUAUCAUAUUGAAAGAGCAAUCAUUAUAUGUCUUCGGUGGUGCUACAAAGGAACUUACUGCAUUCAAUGACUUAUGGACUUUCGAUUUAUGCAGCCUCAAUUGGAAGCGUGUUGUUGGUAAAGGAAACUUCCUACACCAAGAGCUCAUGCUAAAGGAGGUUUUAUCGAGGACGUACUCUAUCUAUACGGAGGUUGUCAAAGCUUUUACAGACCAGGAUCAGAGCAUACGGGCCGUGUGGAUUGGUUAACCGAACUGAACAGCUUUGACCUUUCGACAGUUUGUUGGUCUCGUCUACCACUAUUUGAAGUGAACCGCUUAAACCCUAUGCCACCACCUGUUUUUGCUGGUCAGUCUGGAUGUUUCCUCCCUAAAGGUGGUGCAGGUGAACCUAGCGUAUUAGUUUUGUUUGGAGGAGUGUCUCAAUGUAUUGGAGCUUGUGUUAAUCAUUUAUUCGUCAUAUCCCGGAAAGUGGUUGUUGGAUCUCACUUUCUGAUGCAGUUACUAAUAAUCAAGGCGAAUGGCCGUCUGGUCGUUGUGGUCACUCAACGUGUGCCCUUGAUUCAAAUCGAAUGCUUUUGUUAUUUGGAAAUUUAGAGUCACCUUUGGCAGCUGACUACCCUGGAUAUCGACAACAAGAAAUGUCCAUUAAUCGUGAUCUAAAUAAUGAUUCCAACGUACCAGGCUAUCGUGGUCAACCCGCAGGCGAUAUUUGGAUACUUACACGUUGUUAUCCUCGUACUGGUCAAGAUUGGUUUGAAGUAGACUGGUUCUGGACUAAAGUUGAAUAUCCUCAGGGUAUUCCUGGAUGUCCACCGAUUGACUUUUAUCAUGCAAGUGCAGUUUCACUUCCUUAUCGUGAAGACAAUAAAUCACAGGUCCUAGCAGAAAACGGUGAUCUUUUUCAAACUAAUAAUUAUUAUUCAAAUCAUCAGAAAGAAAAUGUUUUUACCGUUGUUGUCAUCAGUCAACCUACUACAACGUUAUUGGAUGAAGCGGUCAGACAGCGCAGAUAUUGGCAACGUGUCAAGAUCAGUUCCGAGCUGAGUAGUAAGACCUUUCAAAACAAGUCAGUAGAUCAGGUUUAUCAUAUUUCAGAUUAUGUUGAUAAUGACGAAGGUGACAGACAGCAUGAACCUUGUUGUCCAGCUGAUUUAAACGUUCAUACAUCUGAAUCUGACCGGAUACUUCAUGUUCCGUCGUCCAGGCGUUCGAAUAACAGACGUGCUCGGAGAUUGGAAGCUUUAUCGAAUCAAGAGCGGAGACUUUUCGGAACGCGUAAUUCAUCUCAUUGCGGAAAUAACACCAUAUCUAAUCAAUCACUUGCAUCAAAUCAAAUGUUAUCUGUUAAUAACCGAUGUCUUUAUAACCCUAUGAUAUUUAAUAGUCCUGUUCGUCCUUUAGCUGUGUAUUCGCUAAAUCUUACAUGCUUCUAUUCGGAUAUUUCAUGUGAUACCAAAACAAGAAUCAGUUUCACUGAAUGUACAGCAAAAGAUCUUUACUUUGCCCCUCCAGAAUGCUUAGGAUUCUCGUGCACAUUUGGACAUGAUUGUUUAUUUCUUUUUGGAGGUCUAACUGAUUCGGAAGAUGUCAGGUUGGAUGAGGGGAGGAAUUUGAUUUCCGUAGAACCUGAUGCAUCACAGAAUCGAGAUAAUGAUGAUCACUGUCAUCGGUCUAUUAAUUCACCUACUUUACCCUUAUCUUCAGUAACAAACGAAUCUCUUACACAAGGUCACCUUACUCCUCGUGUAAAUACGUCAGAUAUAAUUUACCGUAAUUCUCUAGGUACUGCUCAGUUUUUCGUCCUUCGUCCACGCGCACUUGCUGGAACAAUAAUUUGAAGUGACUAUUUUUACGGGAAAAUAUAUCCACUGUGGAAUUUCGCGUACAUUUCCGAAAGGUAUUGGAUCCCAAUUGUUUCAACAAACCUCAAGCACAAAGAUGUAUUGAACCAUCCCCUGAACGGUGUUUAGAUUUUCAUGGUUCACUGACAAAUUAUUGCAUUGUUCCCUGCAGCCUUUCUAAAUACAGGUCUAUACGAAUACAUUUCGUUUCUUAAAAAUUAAUAAUGUAUUUUUCGUUUUAUUCUUUACUUUUCUCUAUGUAGUGCAUAAAUUGUAUAUCAAGUGACUUCAAAUACGUUAAUUUUAUCUAUUCCGGAAUCUUGGUUUCUCUUUUUGACUUUUAUCAGCCUAUAAACCUGUUUUACAGCACACUCCCCAUUUAUCUUCAUUCCGUUAUUCAUUACUAUUUUUAUUCCUUAUUGACAAUUAGCACUUAUUUCCUUCAACUUCAUUUGAAACUGUAAACUAAUGCUUCGCUUUUGUCUUAUGAAAAUUAUUUGACUUUAUUGAAGGUGUGAAAUUACUAUUCAUGUACAUUUCUUUGUUAUUUAUAAGAAGCAAGAGUUUAUUUAUGAAAUAAUGACUUUCAUUUUUAAUACAGUUGAGUACAAUACUGCUCGGAUUAUUAUUUUAUUGAAAUUUAUUCUGUACAUUUAUUCAUCUAUCAAGUAAGUUGACUGUUGUCAUUUCAUGUUUCGCUCAGUCAACAUAUUAACUGAAUGUGCCUAACUGUAUGUGCCUAUUUAUGUACAUCAUCUAAUUUAUCAACUAACUGUCAUAUAGUUUUACUAAUUAGGCAAUCUAAGUAGAAUUUCAAGCACUCACGUGAAAACAAUGUUACUUCUAUGUU